CCUUCAUCUGCUGUGGUACCUGCGCCAAUGCGUAUACCAGCACGAUGGGGACGGCGUAGCCUCAUCUCUCUCCGAGGAUUUGCCACGGUGUCCUCUGGUUCUCCCCGUAUUCCGCAAACGGUCAUCGAGAAGGUCGUCCAGCGGUAUGCCGUCGAUUUGCCUGCGGGGAAGGCUGUCAAGGCUGGGGACUACGUGAUGAUUCGCCCUGAGCAUGUUAUGACACACGAUAACACUGGACCUGUCAUAUCCAAGUUCAAGUCAAUAGGCGCAACCCGCAUCCACAACCCCAAGCAGCUCGUCUUCACCCUCGACCACGACGUCCAAAACAAGUCUUCUAAGAAUCUGUCCAAGUAUGCGUCCAUCGAGGCCUUCGCCCGACAGCACGGUAUCGACUUCUACCCGGCAGGUCGCGGCAUUGGCCACCAGGUCCUCGUCGAGGAGGGCUACGCCUUUCCGCACACCCUCACAGUCGCGAGCGACAGCCACAGUAACAUGUAUGGCGGCAUCGGGUGCGUCGGCACGCCCAUCGUGCGUACGGACGCCGCGGCGCUGUGGGCGACCGGGAAGACGUGGUGGCAGGUCCCGCGGAUGAUCAAGGUCGAGCUGAGGGGCCGGCUCCCGCACGGGGUGACGGGCAAAGACGUCAUCGUCGCGCUCUGCGGAUACUUCAACAAAGACGAGGUGCUCAACGGCGCUAUCGAGUUCACCGGGGACGGCGUCUCUGCGCUCUCAGUCGACGAUAGGCUUACGAUUGCGAACAUGACGACGGAGUGGGGCGCGCUGGCCGGUGUGUUCCCUGUGGACGAUGUCACGCUGGAGUGGUAUGAGCGUACCUUGAAACGGCUCGAGUUCCGGACGUUCGCCUCUCCCGCUGUCUCUUCGUCCAUCCCGCCUCCCCCAGAACAUCCCCGGAUUAACCGUGCCCGCCUGGAUGCGAUCCGAGCGACAAACUUGCGCUCGGACCCCGACGCCGCGUAUGCCUCGCACCUCGUCUUGGAUCUGUCUACUCUCGUCCCGCACGUCUCCGGCCCUAACAGCGUCAAGGUCUCGACCCCUCUCCCUGCGCUCGAGUCGAAGCAUAUCCCGAUCCAGAAAGCCUACCUACUCAGUUGCACGAACGCGCGCGCGUCCGACAUCGCUGCUGCCGCCGCCGUCAUCAAAGGCCGCAAGGUCGCACCGGGCGUCGAGUUUUACGUCGCUGCCGCGAGCUCCGAGGUCCAGCUGGAUGCCGAGAAGCGCGGCGACUGGGAGACGCUUGUUCUGGCUGGGGCGAAGCCUCUCCCCGCCGGGUGCGGCCCAUGCAUCGGGCUUGGCGUUGGCUUGCUCCAGGAGGGCGAGACGGGCAUCAGCGCGACGAACAGGAACUACAAGGGGCGGAUGGGACACCCGAACGCGCAGGCGUACCUCGCCUCGCCCGCCGUCGUCGCCGCGAGCGCGAUCAAGGGCUACAUCGCGAGCCCUGACUCGCUGGACCCGUCGUCGCUUCCUCCCCCCGGCGCGCCGAAGUUCUCCCUCGUCAACCCCGCUCAGGUCGAGUCUGCGCCCGACACCGUCCCGGCAGCGGAGGAGCCGGUGCUGGACGGGUUCCCCGCGAGCUUCUCGGGGCCGCUGCUGUUCGCGCCGCAGGACAACCUGAACACGGACGCGCUGUACCCGGGGAAGUACACGUACCAGGACGACAUCACGCUCGCGCGCCAGGCGGAGGUCGUGAUGGAGAACUACGACCCAGCCUUCGCCACGCUCGUCGCCUCAAUCCGCGCCAAGCAGCCCGAGUCGUCAGACGCGUUCGUAAAGCAGGGCGUCGUCCUCGUGUCGGGGUACAACUUCGGCACGGGGUCGUCGCGCGAGCAAGCGGCGACGGCGCUCAAGGCGGCGGGGGUCCCGCUCGUCAUCGCGGGCUCGUUCGGGGACAUCUUCAAGCGGAACGCGAUCAAUAACGGGCUGGUGUGCGUGGAGUGCCCCGCGCUCGUCGCAGACCUCACGCGCUCGUACGCGCGAGACGGGAAGCGCGGGGCGGGAGGUAUCGACGGGGAGCUCACGGUCGAUCGCGGGCACGAGGUCGACGUGCGCGUGGCGGAGGGGCGGGUGGACGUCAAGUGGCCGAGCGGGGAGACGAAGAGUUACACGGUAGGCAGGGUGGGCGCGAGCGUGCAGGAGUUGUGGAUCUGCGGUGGGCUUGAGGGGUACGUGCUCAAAUCUAUCAAGGAGGCGGAGGCGUAGAUGCGCGCAGUGCUUGUGUUGUGCUUGUCAAUUAAGUAUACAUAAAAAGUACUGUAUGAAUAGGCACGAAGUAAUAUGUCGUGAAGGAUCUGGCUAUGGAUGGUCUGCGGGUGUUCCCGCAACGCCAGGAGGGUGUUCUCGGGUUCUUUCGACUCAGCUCUCCG